AUGAUGGACGUGGACGUGGACGUGGACGUGGACAUGGACGUGGACGUGGACAUGGACGUGGACAUGGACGUGGACGUGGACGUGGACGUGGACGUGGACGUGGACAUGGACGUGGACGUGGACGUGGACGUGGACGUGGACGUGGACGUUGACGUGGACGUGGACAAGGACGUGGACAUGGACGUGGUCGUGGAUGUGGACGUGGACGUGGAGGUGGACGUGGAUGUGGAGGACGUGGACAUGGACGUGGACGUGGAGGACGUGGACAUGGACGUGGACGUGGACGACGUGGACAUGGACGUGGACGUGGACGUGGACGUGGACGUGGAGGACUUGGACGAGGACAUGGACGUGGAUGUGGACGUGGACGUGGACGUGGACGAAGACAUGGUCGUGGACGUGGACGUGGACGUGGACGUGGACGAAGACAUGGUCGUGGACGUGGACGUGGACGUGGACGUGGACGAAGACAUGGUCGUGGACGUGGACAUGAUUGUGGACGUGGACGUGGACGUGGACGUGGACGUGAUCGUGGACGUGGACGUGGACGUGGACGUGGACCUGGACAUGGACGUGGAUGUGGACGUAAACGUGGACGUGGACCUGGACGUGGACCUGGACGUGGACGUAAACGUGGACGUGGACGUGGACGUGGACCUGGACGUGGACGUGGUUGUGGACGUGGACGUGGACGUGGACGUGGACGUGGAGGUGGACUUGGACGUGGACGUGGACGUGGACGUGGACGUGGAGGUGGACGUGGACAUGGACGUGGACGUGGACGUGGACGUGGAGGUGGACGUGGACUCGGAGGUGGACGUGGACGUGGACGUGGACGUGGAGUUGGACGUGGAUGUGGACGUGGACGUGGACGUGGACGUGGACGUGGACCUGGACGUGGACGUGGACGUUGGGAGGGCCAUUGACUUUGCCGUCUGGAUUGAAGACCUGCAGCUGUACUUACUGUGUGAUGCGAUAGAUGAGGUCUCUCUCUUUGACUUUGUCUCUGGCGCUGUCCCUGCCCCACCUGCUGAUGCUGACUCUGCCGUUCGCUCCAAGUGGGCGACCCGCGAUGCUGCUGCACGUCUUGCUGUGCGUCGCCACCUCCCUUCCUCUGAGCGUGCCCACUUUAGUCAGUGCAAGACCGCUCAGGCCUUGUACGACGCUGUAGUUGCACGCUACUCCUCCCCUUCCUCCGCUACCCUUAGCCGCCUCAUGCUACCGUUUCUCUUCCCUGACCUCGCUUCCUUUCCCACUGUCGCUGACCUCAUUACCCACCUCCGUGCUAGUGACACCCGCUACCGCGCUGCCCUUCCUGCUGAGUUCCGCGCUGCGAACCCUCCUCCCAUGUACAUCACUCUCUACUUUCUCGUCACCCGUCUCCCUGAGUCCCUUCGUGUCGUUAGGGACCAGGGUGUGGUCCUUCCCCCCUGCUGCCCUCUGUCGCCUCUGCCGCUGCGGCCGACCUCACUGGUUUUGAGUCGGUCGGCGCGGCGUCUGCCCCCAGCGGCAGACGCCGCGCUGGCAAGGGCAAGGGGGGCAAGGGAGCGGGUGGAGCUAGAGGGGGCGGUGGAGGAGGCGGUGGGGGUGGCGGGGGGAGUGGGGGUGGCGGUGGGGGUGGUGGCGGAAGUGGAGGUACUGGUGGCGGCGGUGGAGGCGGAGGUGGCGGCGGAGGUGGUAGCGGAGGAGGCGGUGGGAGCGGUGGGAGCGACGGUCCUGGUGGGGGAGGUGGAGGUGGAGACGGGGGUGGCGGUGGAGGCGGGGGUGGCAGUGGAGGCGGGGGUCGGAGUGGCUCGUCCCAGCGGAGCAGCUCCGGGGGUGGUCAGCGCCAGCAGCAACAGCAGCAGCAGCCGCAGCAGCAGCCACAGCAGCAGCAGCGCUCUCGCACCGUACUAG